AUGAGAGCUGUGCAAAUUUUGGGCAGUCAAAAUGAUCACCGCAUCAUUCUAUCAGACACCCUGCCUCGACCAUCUCCCACCGGAAAUCAGGUUCUUAUCAAGGUUCAUGCCGCAGGAAUAACGGCGGAUGAAAUUAUUUGGCCUGAGCUAUAUGCUUCUUCCAACAGAGUUCCGGGACAUGAUAUAUCCGGCACAAUCGACGCCCUCGGGCCUCAGUACAGCGGACCACUCUCUCUUGGCCAAAGUGUUUAUGCUAUGAUUGAUGCAGAAGCUCCGCAGGGAGGCCAGUCGGAAUACGCAAUUGCCAUGCCAAAUGAGAUAGCCGUCAAACCGUCAUCCAUUUCUCAUGCGGAAGCGGCAGCCAUUCCAAUCCCGGCCCUGACGGCUUGGGAAGCCAUUUUCAAGCACUCGAAUCUGGAUAAGGGUUGCAAAAUCCUUGUAACAGGGGCUUCAGGAGCUGUUGGUGUUAUCUUGGUACAGAUGGCGAAGAAGCUUCUCAAUGCAGAAGUCAUCGGCCUAGCUUCUUCUUCAAACCACGCUAUGUUGGCAAAACUGGGGACAGAUCAGGUCUUGGACUAUAACAAUGCUGAUUGGAACGAGAAAAUCCAUGGCGUGGAUGCAGUUUUCGAUACUGUCGGAGGUGAAAUAUUGAGCAAGACCUGGACCACAGUGAAGGGGACUGGUAUCAUCGUAACAGUAGGAGACCCGGCUCCAAACUGGGCUUUCGGCAGGGGACAGCCCGAAGAAUUACAGAACCACCCAGAAGUUAAGUGGUUACACUUUAUUGUUUCCCCCGACGGCGAUGCUCUUUCUAGGGUGGCCUCGAUUAUAGACGAUGGAACCCUGAAACCUAUUCCUGUUGUGGCUUUUGAGGUGGAAGAGGCGGUAGAGGCCUGGGAAUUUGCCGCACAAAGAGGCAGGAAAGGAAAAGCCGUGAUCAAAUUCGUCGCUGAAGAAUAA